AUGCAAACGCCCAACAGCAGCUCCAUCACCCAGUUCCUCCUCCUGCCGUUCACAGACACACGGGAGCUGCAGCUCUUGCACUUCUGGCUCUUCCUGAGCAUCUACCUGGCUGCCCUCCUGGGCAACGGCCUCAUCAUCACCACCAUAGCCUGGGACCAGCACCUCCACACCCCCAUGUACUUCUUCCUGCUCAACCUCGCCCUCCUCGACCUGGGCUCCAUCUCCACCACUCUCCCCAAAUCCAUGGCCAACUCUCUGUGGGAUUCCAGGGUCAUUUCCUAUGCAGGAUGUGCUGCCCAGGUCUUCUUUGUAUUUUUCUUGCUUGGUGCAGAGUAUUGUCUCCUCACCAUCAUGUCGUACGACCGCCACGUUGCCAUCUGCAAACCCCUGCACUACGGGACCCUCCUGGGCAGAAGAGCUUGUGUCCACAUGGCAGCAGCUGCCUGGGCCACUGGGUUUCUCAAUGCUCUGCUGCACACGGCCAAUACAUUUUCACUGCCCCUGUGCAAGGGCAAUGCCCUGGGCCAGUUCUUCUGUGAAAUCCCCCAGAUCCUCAAGCUCUCCUGCUCACACUCCUACCUCAGGGAGCUUGGUCUUAUGGUGGUCAGUGUCUGUUUAGCAUUUGGGUGUUUUGUGUUCAUUGUGGUGUCCUAUGUGCAGGUCUUCAGGGCCGUGCUGAGGAUCCCCUCUGAGCAGGGACGGCACAAAGCCUUUUCCACCUGCCUCCCUCACCUGGCCGUGGUCUCCCUGUUCAUCAGCACUGGCCUGUUUACCCACCUGAAGCCCCCCUCCUUCUCCUCCCCAUCCCUGGAUCUGGUGGUGUCUGUUCUGUACUCGGUGGUGCCUCCAGCAGUGAACCCCCUCAUCUACAGCAUGAGGAACCAGGAGCUCAAGGAAGCCAUGAGGAAACUAUUUCAACAGUCACUUUUUCAGGUUAAUAAAGUUUUAUCUCACUAGGGCUGCAAUAGAUAUAGCCAGGACUAACUUCUCUUCAUAUGUAUCUAUAUUUUUCCGUAGUGCUUUUGCUGGGCUUUGUUUUUUGGUUCAUGUCUGUAAUAAUAAAAUUCUUGACCUCCUAUGUGUCUUUACUUGAACCAAAGACCUCAUGUACGUAUGUAUAUGCACUCCUUUGUUUUUUAUUAAUUCAAUAAAUA